AUGUUGCUGCAACGCUCUCUCCUCUGCUUCUCCCUGACCUGGAAGCAGCAGCUGCACGGAGAACCGCUGAUGCAGUCCCCCCCCAUCCGUGCAGGCCGCCAGCUGGGCGCGCACCGGCCCGCCUGGGCGGCUGCCUGGGUCGAGGCGGCUCUCUCGGGCGGCCUGGCCUCCCUGCCGCCGCCCGUGCCUGGCGCACGCGUCACUCCGCCCAACGGUGUGCCCAGGACUGGGGUCGCCCCCAGCAGCAGUCCCGCGCUGGCCGCCAGGUCGCUGCUGAGCGGUGGCGGGAGGCACGGUACCCGGCGGGCAGGCGCAGUCGUCACCACCCCGGCCCCUCCCCUCCUGCAAGCUCGGGCCGAAGGGCAGAGCCCCGCAAGGCGCAGGGAGGCCACGGGGGCAGGGCCGGCAGGCGACGAGGGGCAGCCCGACAAAGGCGACCGCGGUCGGGCCAGCAUGCUUGCGGAGGCUGGCGAGGCCGGGGAAGGCAGCGCCGCCCAAGAAUGGCAGCAGGGCAGCAGCACGAGGGCGACCUACCCGGCGGCCCCAGCAGAGCACACCGGAGAGGCGCUCUCUGCUACGGGCAACCGGCCGGAGGAUGGCGGGUCCUGCCCGGAGGCCGUUGGGCCGGCUCUCGAGGCCUGGGUGCGCGAGGGCGCGGAGCGACAGCUGGUGGCGCUCGUGGAGCGGGUGCUGGAGGAGGCGGGUGGCAGCCCGCUCGGGACAGGCGGGAGGAGGUCUGGGGGGGCGGCCACGGAGUUGCUGACGCUGCUGCAUCGAGCUCACAAGCAGCUGGCAGAGGUCGAGGCGGCGAGCGCCGACUACGCAAUGAGGGCCAAGGCAGCCACAGCGAGGGACGAGAUCGUAAAACACGUGACAGCGUACGUCAGUAGUUAACCCAAAGAGAUACUCAUGACGGCACGAGAUCACUGCCCUAAAUCGUCUUUCGGGUCACGGCUCACAGCGGAAGGUUCAGCAGAACCCAGAGUAGAGGUUACGAGAUCUGUAUACUUUUGAGAGGCACGCAACAGGUGUAGAGAACAUGAGAUAUGAGGCCCGCUGCGCAGUGCUAGCUGGCAACCAAAUUCAAUUGACAGUAAAGUUGAGGCCAAAUUGUGAGGUACAGUUGUACGGACGCAUACGAAUGCACCAAAUUUGUGGGAUCUAUGCAACGUACAGCCUGGCCACCAUGCU